CUCCUCUCUCGAUUCCCCUCCUUAUUCUGCAGCAUCUCUCGUCUCUACACCUCCCAAUUCCUUUCCAUUGGUGGUAAUCUGUUGUUUCUGCCGCGCCAUUGCCAAGCCUUACCGCCCGGGAUCUAACACGUCACGGCACUUAUCUAUCGCAAACAAAGCAACAAGCAGAACCACCGCUGGUCAGGGCAACAGAGCAGCUGAAGGACUGUGCUUCUCAGGGCUGCAUGUGCCAUUCUCCGGGUCUACUGAGUCCGUUCAUCCAUGGGACAUGAACCUGUGGGCUUCCGAGUCCCGUGAUUUGACAUCUCCGAAGCACAUAGUUGCAUAUGUCAGUUGAUUAGAAAACAACCUUCAAUAUGUUUCACUCUUCGAAACCGUACUCGGCUGUGACUGCACAGAUCGAAGUACUCACUGGCGAGCAAUAUGAGGCCGAAGAUUCGAGUGGAAUUGUCGAUCUCAUCGAAGCCAUUCAGAUCCAAGGCAGUGGUCCGAUGGAAGCAAGUCGCGCUCUGCGCAAGAAGCUCAAAUAUGGAAAUAUUCAUCGCCAACUGAGAGCGCUCACCAUUCUCGACUUUCUUAUUCAAAACACCGGAGAGCGGUUUCUGCGCGAGUUUGCAGAUGAGCCGUUGUUAGAACGACUGCGAAUUGCUGCUACCGAUCCCGUGUCUGAUCCAUUGGUGAAAGAGAAAUGCAAACAGCUCUUUGGCCAAUGGUCAGUGUCCUACAAAAACACCCCGGGCAUGGAACGGGUGGCAGCACUUUACAGGCAGCUCCCUAAGCGCAAGAAACCAGCCAGUCAGGCUAAAGCCAAAGUCCUUCGAGACUCCGAACCUCCCAAAGAACAGCAACCACUGGGUCACAGCGUGUCUAUCUCAGCCGGAAACGGGCCAUCAACGGUUGUCGGUGGCGGAUCCAAGGCCAAGCACAAAGCGAAACAAGAAAGGAAAGAAAAGGAGAAGCAAGAAAAGCUAGCCCAAAAGGAAAAGAGAAAGAGCCUGGGAGCAUUCCGCUCCUUCAAUCUAGAACGCGAGAAACCACAAAUGAUCCAAACCCUCGCCAACUCCUCAGUCGCCAGCACAAAUCUCCUCAACUCCCUCAAACUCGUCAACCGCGAAACCCAGCGUGUCAGCGAAGACAUCGAAGUCAUGAACCGCGUCGACAAAUGCAGAGAACUCCGCCGCCAAAUCCUCCGCUACAUCCAAUACAUCGAAACAGAGGAAUUCCUCGGCGGCCUCAUCCACGCAAACGAAGAACUAGUCACCGCCCUAAUGGCCUUCGAAGUCCUCGACAAGAGCGUCGAUUACGACAGUGACAGCGACCAGGACGUCCUCGAAUCAGGCUGGUCACCACGGGACGACGAUUUCGACGAGAGCUUUGCGGGUCUCAGCAUUAACCCGCCCAAACCUCCUCGUCCUGCUCGUCCUGUGAGUUUGCCGGUUUUGCCUUCUGCUUCGCGGCAGCAGGGUAAGGGUAAGGGUGUUUUUGAUGAUAGUGAGAGUGAAUCGGAGACGGAUUCGGAAGAUGAAGACGACGAUGAGAAUAAUCCGUUCGGUGAUCGGAAUGCUAUCCCGCCGGCCUCUGUUGAUGCUGCUGGACGUACUUGGAGAGAAGUUUAGUCGUGCGGCUCUCGCUCUUUUGCAUUGCUCUAUCUUGCCUAUCUUACCCCAUACCCUAUCUAUCGCUGAUAGACUAUACCCAUUCAUAUUUAUAUUGCUUUUUACGCGGAUUCGAACAAAGAGGUGGACGGGAAUACUCGAUUAUGACUGAAUAUAUGAUCAAUUGCUAGCCUGUGUUGCAUUUCUUGCCUUGCAUCGCAUGUAACUUGUACAGCGUACUAUCACGCGCAGUAAAUUUAGGUGAAAUUAACUCGUUCAUUCAUUAGGUAUC